GAAGCUGGCUGCUGGUGGUGAAGAUGGCGGAUGGAGACAGUGGGAGCGAGCGCGGUGGCAGUAGUGGUGGUGGAGGUGGGGGCGGCAGUGGCUUCCAGCACUUCCAGAGAGAGCAGGAGACCCAGGAGUUGGCGUCCAAGCGGCUUGACAUCCAAAACAAGCGCUUCUACUUGGACGUAAAGCAAAACUCGAAGGGCAGGUUCAUCAAGAUCGCCGAGGUCGGAGCCGGGGGUUCCAAAAGCCGCCUGACCCUUUCCAUGUCAGUAGCGGCAGAGUUUCGCGACUACCUGGGGGAUUUCAUAGAGCACUACGCCCAACUUGGGCCCAGCAGCCCCGAGCAGAUCGCGCAGUCCUCCGGUGGCGAGGACGGUGGGCCUCGUCGGGCCCUGAAGAGCGAGUUCUUGGUCCGAGAAAACCGAAAAUACUACCUCGAUCUGAAGGAGAACCAGCGGGGGAGGUUCCUCCGGAUCCGACAGACCGUCAACCGUGGGCCUGGGUUCGGAGUCGGAGGUCCAGGAGGUGGCAUGCAGUCCGGCCAAACCAUCGCCCUCCCUGCUCAGGGCUUGAUAGAGUUUCGAGAUGCCCUGGCCAAGCUGAUAGAUGAUUACGGCGGAGACGAUGAGGAGUUGACCGGCGGCGCAGCUGCCGGAGGGUAUGGCGAGCUUCCCGAGGGCACAUCCAUCAUGGUGGACUCUAAACGGUUCUUUUUUGACGUCGGGUCUAACAAAUACGGAGUGUUCCUGAGAGUCAGUGAGGUAAAGCCAAGCUACAGGAACUCAAUUACUAUCCCCUUUAAAGCGUGGGGGAAGUUCGGAGGGGCGUUCUGUCGCUACGCCGAGGAGAUGAAAGAGAUCCAGGAGAGACAGAGGGAUAAAAUGUACGAGAGAAGAGAAGAAUCCGAAGGCGAGGACGUGGACGACGAUUGAUUAGUUAAAACAGCUAAUUAGUUUAAAAAGCCGUGAGUUCCAUAAUAGUAUAGCUAACGUUGCAAAAACACAGAAAUAAGACAGAUAUUACGUGCAUGACGAAUCGAACAUUGAUACUAAAUUAUCGUGGAGUAAAGUGCAUAUGACAGAAAUGUUGUCGCAUUACAACCAGAUUCUUGUUCAAAAAGGAAUGGGGAGGGGUUAACGUUACAAGAGUUAAAACAGUAGCUAUAGCUAUUGCUAGCCAGUGCGUAAUUUGUCAUGGGUAAAAACGAAAAAAUAUUUUCAGAUCUAAAGAAAAACCUCCAUUGUAAACCAGCAACCGGGUUCUCAUAACCUUAUAAGACAGCUUGUUAUUAAACCUUAUUCUUUAAGAUAUAUAUUUUAAAAGUAAACGGGAUAUAGCUAUCUGGACAUUAACUAUUAAAUAAGAUUUGAAUGGCUUCAUAGCUAUGUGUAAAACUCCGUGUUAACGGAAGAUUUAAAAAGUUUCCAGUAAAAACCAGCAUCCAUUGUAUUACUGUUUUGACCAUGGCCUUGUCCGUGUAGGCGGUGUGGGAUUCUAACAAGUUUGUUAGAGCAGUCCGGGAGUUACUAUAGGAAUCAGUCCUUUAAUGGAAAUUAUAGCUAGCUAGUUACUGAAGUGGGUUUGAUAACGCAAAUAGUAGGUACCGAACGCCAAUAGAAAUAAACUUAAGAGGAGUAUUAAGCUGUUACUUGUUAAGAUUCUGCAGCGAUGGUACAACCAGAGGCGCAUCAAAUGGCAAAGUGGACUAUCGGUAGGGUGUGGACAAUUUCAGAACACACGAACAGCUUCAUGAGACAUCUAGCUAACUUGGUUACGACAGCUCAUUUUUUGUUAGCACACGGCCACCCAAACUUGCGAAGAUUUAUGACGGGGAGGGGGGCGGGACAUUGUUUUCUUUACUUAGCCACAGUUUUGCGUUUGCAGUCCAGAAUAUAUUUGCAACCAGGGACUAUUUCUCAGAUUAACGUCUAGAAUCCUGGUUUGGAAUAACCAGCUGCCACAACUACAACAAAUGUCUGUAAAGUACAGGCUUUAACAGAGCGAAAUGUCUCAAGUUGUCUUGAACUUGAUUAAAGAGAAAAAUUAUUGACCGGAUGGAAGACCCAACACAUCGGCCUACGCAGGAGCGGCGGCGUCACUCAGCGUUUCCGACGCACGGAUAGUUGUUACCCUUUGCUUCUGGAGUUGAAAAGAACUACUGGAAGUGUUUUUUCUUUGAUCCUCGAAAGGGAAUCAUCUUGUAAAGCGUCAGUUCAGCAACUAGUGUGGACCUUAAGUCAUAAGGUAACAUCAGUCAUUCUUCUACUACUAAAUGUUUAAAGACUGAUCAGUUUAAUUUAUGUAAAGUCUGAAGUUCGAUCACACACUUGUGUGCUUCAGGACAGAAAUGCAUGGAUGGUGGUUUAAAAAACUGUAAUGAAAGAAGAUUAUACUUUAAAAACUGAACAAACCAGCAUAAAAUAUUUUUAAGUACCUAAAUGGAAAUAUAUAUAUAGGAAUUACAGAAUUAUAAAUGGUUGUAUAGCAGUCUUAUUUCAAGAACUAAGCUGGGAUGCAGAAGAUUUGUCCAGGAGGAUGCUUUCUAUUCUUUUUUUCUUUAAGAUUUUCUUUUGUUUCUAAGAGAGAAUGGAAGAACAUAACACCUGUAUAAUUAAAGAAAAACAAUAUAAACACAAUAUGUUGACUGUAUACUUUAGAUACAGUAGGUCCACUUUUGCCCUGUUUUCACUUUCAGCUCCCCGGAAAGCUUUAUUAGUUAUUAUUGAACUCUGCAUUCAGAAAUGAAGUCUGAUGUUCAUUUCAAAUUAAUACUUUUGAGUUGGCGAAAGAUUUAUCAGGAAGACACCCAUAUGCGUGUCCAAUGGUCCUUUUUUAGGCGUUUUAAAUUGUGCAUUAUGUUCCAGUGUGGAACUGCCUUGUGUUAAUUUAUUACGUAUUCUAAUUUACUGUAUGUUGGUAUUAAUCAGCUCCAGGUCUGUGUGUUUUUUUCCUAUUUGAUUUAUUUUAAACAAACCCUCAGUAGGUGUAUUUGGUAAACAGAAAAGCAACAAUAAGUAUUCCUGGCAUCAUCCACAUCUUGUGGCAUAUCUAGUUAUUUCUUUUCCCUGGGUGCAUUUGGGUGACGCUUCAGAAGUUUCUCUCGAUACCUUCAUUCAUAGCAGAAUUUAAAGUAAUCUAGUAAACCAAUGGCUUUCUGACACAGGUUAGAAUGUGUGUUAAGUGUUCAUUUCUUUGCCAUGUGUCAUUGUUGCACUUUAAAAAAAGAACAACUUUCUAAGUCUCAGUCCAUUUAGCUUGAUGUGGUUCUUCAUUCUUUUAAUUCUGUUCUUUUCCACAGCAAAGAAUUUGUCAUAUAAACCAUGUGGGGAGCAAUAGUGUUUUUUGAAUUAUAAUAUUAUAUGAAUAAUAUUAUAAUGUACACAUACACGUAUAUGAGUUGACUACAUCCUUAUUCCUGUACUGUUAUGUGAAAUGGCAGCUGUUCCAGUCAUGUGUGUUCUGCUGUAAUCUGUCACGUCCCUUUCGAUAAUGAAUAAAAAAUUCUUUGCUGAGGAAAACGCUUUUACCAGCCGGCAGCAGACGAAUUAGACACACUAAGACACAAGAGGAUGAGAGGUCUGAAAGUGGAAUCAAAUCAAGGAGAAGGUGCAAAAUAAGUUGGUGCCGUUUUGGUUCUAACGUAAGGCUGCCCACUGCCAUACGCAGAGUAGCACAGCUGGAGCCAACGUGGCUGACAGCGGUCAUCGCCCUUUUUUUCCACCAAGUGAAAGAACUGCCUUGAACAGACCAUUUUCUAUAAAUUUACAAUCAAGGCAGCUGUGGAGACAGGGCAGCAAGCUGACCCACAGAAGAUCUUAAUGUGUAGGCCAUGGAAAGACAUAGAUUCCUCCUGUGACCUAGUGCUAAAUGAUUCAGCUGUGGUUUUUGGCGCUCCUGUGGGCUGUGGGACAUAAGGGCUUGAUUUUGGGAAUACAAACACUCUCACACACAACACAAAAUUCUGGUAAAUCUUGACAGAUUGAAAAUUGCCCCACUCCCCUGGAGGAGAGAUGUUGAACUGAAUUUUUUUUUAGAGGACAAUGAGUAAACCACACCAGCGUUAUUCAAACCACGACAAGUGUCUUAAAGACAGACUGUGGUUGACAUCACUCAUUCCACCACUUUUUGGAGACAAGCUAGCACGCGUCUCCUAGCCUUGGCAGUGUGAUCAGAAGUGUAAUAAAAUGUUAGGGGGCAGCACCAGUAAAUAACUCUCUUGUCCUCUGAUGACAUUCUAAUGGUUGUCUGUGGGGGAUUGUGAAUAAAAGUAAUUUAUCCUUGUUUACAAGUCAUGGGUGUUGCUUUUUUUGAGACCCCCUUCAAAAUCAGAUGAUUGUCUGGUGUGAUGUUAAAGCAAUCUCCCUUGAUAAAUUUCAGUGCACGGCUCUGGAAAGGACCGAGGUUUGCGGCUCGAUGAAUGUUUGAAUCAUUCAGACUUUGGUGAGCUAGAGCUUGCACUCCAGAGGCAGGUUGGAAGGUUCAGAUUAACAAACGCAGGCAGUCACUGGCAGCAGUGUGAAAAUGUGACAUAGCUUCAGCAGCUGGUGCCAGGACUAACUCUCGCUCCACCCCCUUCCAGCUGCCAUCCACUCCACAAGGCCGUUUAUCUGAAAGGGGAUGCACUGCUGAGAGGCGCAGGGGAGGCGGAAGGCCAUACGGCCAUUCAUUUUUUUUUUAACUUAACCCAGGAGAGAGAGAGAGAGAGAGAAUGUGUGCUAAAUCUGUAACAUGGUACAGCUGUAUGGUGGAGAGGUGCUGGCUGGGCCUGGUGGCUUAGGCUUCCCUUCAGUGGCUUCAGCAGACAAUGUGCUAAGGGUUUU